AUGUUCUCGGGCCUUGUCCUGCUCCUAGCCAGCCUCGUGGCCCUGCUGUCGGCCGUAGGGAAUGCAGCCGUGACCAUCCAGUCCUCCAACACCACCUGCCGCUGCUUCCCGGGGGAGAAAUGCUGGCCCUCACUAGCCGAAUGGACUCAAUUCAACGAAUCCAUUGGCGGCCGACUAAUCCAGACCAUCCCUCUCGGCAAGCCCUGCCACACGCCCUCCUACCAAGCAGGGGUGUGCGACUACCUUCGCGAACAAUGGACGGAGCCCGAAAUCCACUAUGAAUCGUCCUCUUCCAUUAUGGCCCCCUGGUUCGCCAACGGCUCGUGCGAUCCCUUCCACCCCAUCGCCAAGCCCUGCACCCUGGGAAAUUACAUCGUCUAUGCCGUGAACGUCAGUCAGCCCGGCCACAUAUCACGCGCUCUGGCUUUCGCAACCGCCCACAACCUCCGCGUCGUCGUCCGCAACACCGGUCACGACUAUAACGGCAAAUCCACUGGCGCUGGCGCCCUCGGCAUCUGGACCCAUCACCUCAAGGACAUCGACAUCGUCGACCAUCACGAUUCCCACUACUCCGGCAAGGCCAUCCGUCUGGGCGCCGGCGUCCAGGGAUACGAGGCCUGGGAGGCCGCCGACGCCCACGGCUACCAGGUCGUCAGCGGCGAGUGUCCGACCGUCGGCAUCGCAGGCGGCUACUCCCAAGGCGGCGGCCACUCGGCCCUGUCCUCGCGCUACGGCCUCGCCGCGGACCAAGUGCUGAAAUGGGAGGUCAUUGACGGCACAGGACGCUUCAUCACCGCUACCCGCGACAACGAAUACAAGGACCUGUAUUGGGCCUUGAGCGGUGGCGGCGGCGGCACUUACGGCGUCGUCUGGUCCAUGACCUCCAAGCUACAUACUGGCACGCCCGUCUCCGGACUAAACCUCACUUUCACCAAUACCAAUAUCUCCCAGGACACCUUUUACUCAGCAGUGGGCCUCUACCACUCCCUCCUCCCGGCUAUUGUCGAUGCCGGCGCAAUGAGCAUCUGGUACUUCACCAACACGACCUUCUACAUCGCGCCAAUAACGGGGCCCAACAUCCCCGUCCAGGAACUCAUCUCCUUCCUCAAGCCCUUCCGCGAUGGGUUAGAGAAAAUGGGCAUCAGAUACACCCUCUACGCAGAGCAAUUUCCGACCUACCUGGCUGAAUUCAACGGCAUGAUGCCCAACAUCCCUGUCGGGGAAGCGCAAUACGGCGGAUGGCUGAUCCCGCGAUCAGUGGUGCAUGAGAAUAACACCGCGUUGACGGCCGCGUAUCGCCAGAUCACGGAGGACGGGGCGACAUUUAUCGGGGUGGGACUGAAUGUGUCGAAGGCGUUGGUUGGGGAUGUGGAUAAUGCGGUGUUGCCUGCUUGGCGGGAUACGCUAAUUGAUACGACGCUUACGACGCCAUGGCAUUGGGAUGCGCGCCAGGAUAUGCUGGUGCAGCAGUAUAAAAUGACUUAUGAGUAUUUGCCGUUGUUGGAACGGUUGGCGCCGGAUUCGGGGGCUUAUAUGAAUGAGGGCGACUUCCGCCAACCCAACUUCCAAAAAGCAUUCUACGGAGUGAAUUAUCCCCGCCUACGACAGAUCAAGAAGAAAUAUGACCCGCUGGAUGUGUUUUAUGCCCAAACGGCUGUGGGUUCGGAUGAGUGGACGAUGUAUCCUGAUGGGAGGUUAUGUCGGGUUUCAACUUCUGAUGAUGAUACGGAUGGUUGGGAGUAUUUCUAA